UGGUUUUAUUUGUUUCCUAAACAGAGAAUUCCAAUUCCCAUCCCAGCGAUUAGUUGGCUCUUCCUAUAGCGUAUUAUUGCAGCUACUGACCAAUAAUAGCAGAGCAAACUCCUCAUCGAAAUCUCGGGGGUAUGGAUCCAGAUACAGUUGCGAAAGCAUUCGUUGAUCACUACUACUCCACCUUCGAUACCAAUCGGGCCGGGCUUGCUAACCUCUACCAAGAAGCUUCUAUGUUAAGUUUCGAAGGCGUGCAGAUUCAAGGUGCUCAGAGUAUCGUAGGUAAACUCACCAGUCUCCCUUUCCAGCAAUGCAAACACGACAUCAACACUGUCGAUUGUCAGCCAUCUGGUCCUGCUGGCGGUAUGCUUGUCUUUGUUAGCGGUAAUCUUCAACUUCCCGGCGAACAACACGCCCUCAAAUUCAGUCAGAUUGCGUUACUUUGUUUUCUGAAGCAUUGCCUGAUUGUUUCCUUCCUAGUUGUCGUAUAGCAGAGGCCUAUUAUUAUAAGAAACAGCGACCAUUCUUAAAUGGGCGGUCUUCGGCCUCAUCCUUAAAACACAUCAUGCAGACAGAUUAUGUGAUGUCAUCAUACACAACUAGAAGAUAAGGUUGCCGGAUACUCUGUUUUCAGUUUCUUUUCCUUUCUCCUGCUUUUUAUUUCCCUUGAAUGUGUCCCUAAUAUCCAAAUGCACCACAAAAAAAACUUCUGUCUUUGAUGAUUCGAAAAAAAUGACAAGGGACAGUGAGUUGCUUUUAGUAUUGGCAAUUGAGACCUCAGUUUCUUUUUUCUGGAGUUUGUAUUUCUGAUAAUAGCUUUGCUGCAUUGUCUCUGGAUAUUUGGAGAAACUGCAGAUGCUAAAGCCUCCUAUCAAAUUUGACCUUUAUAUUUAAUUCUAUGCUAUGCUAGAUGCUUUAUUAGUCGUUCCU